AUGCCUAAAAUAGCAAGUAGUAGAACCACCAGCAGUUGUAUUGUUUCAGGAAAUGAAGAUUUAAUGAUCAACAUCCUUUCUCGGCUAACAGUGAAGGUACUCUCAACAUUCAAGUGCGUCAGCAAACAAUGGAACAUGUUGAUAUCUGAUCCUUAUUUUGUUAGUUCACACCAAGCUCGAGCAACCCAAGAUCCCAACGUUCUUAAAGUGCUUUGGGUAGAUUAUCGGGAUGGGUCGAUUGGGGUUUGUUCAAUCAGGGAAAAGGAAGAGAGGAUAGUUACCGUUGAUUUGACAUGGCCAAAUUAUCCUGAUUCAUUCCUCCGGCAAGAUUUUAUUAUAAUGGAAGGGCGUCCUUGUAAUGGGUUGAUUUGCCUUCUUGCUGGUGGUUAUGAGGGUGACACUUUGGUUUGUAACCCAGCAACGGGAAACACUAUGGAAAUCCAAAGAGGCAAUAAGAGAAAACAUACUUAUGUUCAGGGACUUGGGUAUUGUUCCUCACGCAAUGAAUUCAAAGUAGUACGCCUAUGUGAAAGGUCGAAACUUGAUAAGAGUAUCCCUGAGAACAACCACUGGUAUGGGUGUGAGUUAUUUACUGUAGGUCAAAGAGGAGCCCUGGGAACAAAUCUUCCGCAACAUUCACGUUCAUGGAGAUAUGUAGGGGAUCUACCUUUUGAAAUUGAGAAUCCAAUAUGCAGGGCCAUGUGUUAUGUAAAUGGGAGUGCCCACUGGAUGAUUGGGUAUGGAAACUCGUCUUCCUCUGAAUUCAUUCUUUCUCUGGAUCUUGAACUUGAAGAGUUCAAAGUAAUUGCACGCCCAGUGGAUUGGGCAGAAGAUGAGAAUUUUGAUUACAUGAUGCCCAUCGCCAUGCAUCUCAUGGAGUUGGAAGGUAAGCUAUGCGUUGCAGAUAAUGUCUUUAGUAGAGAAGUUUUGGAGAUAUGGGUGCUGAAGGACUACAAUAAAUCCAUCUGGAGCAAGGAGUAUGAAAUUGAUCUUGAGACUAUUGAUCUUAAACAUUCUUUGCGUUAUUUUCCUAUAGUUGGCUUAUGGAGGGGACAGCUUCUUCUUGAAGGUAAGUGUAAUCGAAUGUUGUGUUAUGAUCAAAAAACCAAUUCCUAUGAAGAGGUCGUCCAAUUGGAACCGUUUCAUAACUAUGGAGGAUCGGCCACAUUUGUUGAAAAUCUUAUUACACCAUUUUGA